UUUAGCUCUGAAUCCCUGAGCGAUGCCUCGAUCUUUCCUGGUGAAGCGAGGAGGGCUGCACCACCUUCGGCCCUCAGCCAGGAGCCCCAGCCCCGUGGUGUUCGGCCCCUCGGAGGAAAAGCUGGAGUCCUGGGACGUCUCCCUGGGGUACUCCACAGCUAAACACCCAGAACUGAAGCAGGCGUCCAUUGCUUCCUCACAGGCUGACCUCUAUGCUGUCAGAGAAACUGAUGCAGAUUUUCAGCUGCAAAUAUUCCCUCCUAAGUCUAACGGCUGCGCUGAGGCCUGCAGUCCUCUUCACUCUGAUACCUUCAUCAAAGAGGAGAAACCAGACGCUGCGGCGUGGCCGCCAUCUCCUGGAAGCUCAGGGUUUCCAGAUAAGCUGUCGAUGGGACACGUGGCUCAGCCGCCGCACAUGGAGAGGGAGACGAGGAGCGGCGGCUGCACCAGGAUCAGACAGGAGUGUCUGCUCUGCAGCAAAAUUUUUUCUUCUCUGUCGAGCUUAAAGACGCACAUAUGUAAAAGUCAUGGGAGCAAAGCGGCGCACCUUAAGGCCAGCAGGGCCGAUAAUAGGCGGUCUCCUUACAGGGGCAAGGAGAAGACCUUCGGCUGCGAGGUGUGUGGGAAAGUUUUCAAGCGCUCCUCCACCCUCUCCACCCACCUGCUGAUACAUUCGGACACGCGGCCGUAUCCCUGCCAGUACUGUGGAAAGAGGUUCCACCAGAAGUCGGACAUGAAGAAGCACACCUUCAUUCACACAGGAGAGAAGCCGCAUGUUUGCCAGAUAUGCGGGAAAGCUUUCAGCCAGAGCUCCAACCUGAUCACGCACAGCAGGAAGCACAGAGACGACCGGCCGUACCGCUGCGCUCUCUGCCACUACAGCUUCCAGCACAAAGUGGACCUACGGCAGCACCAGGAGCACCACUGCAGCUUCCGCUGACCUUUGACCUGUAGCCUUCACCACAGGAAGCUCUGAGGACAGGAAGCUGAUUCUCCUGUGGCCUUUAGCAGCCGUACAUAGAAGAAGAGAGGCGGCCGUAGCGCCGGGUGGACUGGGACCUGGGCCCUGGACUAGACUGGCCCCCCACAUUUUGUUUGGUGAACUGAAUGUUUAAACCAGGGAUUCCCAACCUUUCCCAUGCCAAGGCCCCCCUGCACCAGUACAUUCUCAGCUGAAC